CUCACAACUUAUCGCAAGAUGGACGCCGCAAAGAGCGUGAGCGAACCUCUCCACGGCUUUAUGAUUGAUUCCGUGCGCCUUGUUCGUCGGUGCAACAAACCAGACAGGAAAGAGUUUAUCAAGAUUUCCUCGGCCACCGCCAUCGGCUUCGCCGUGAUGGGUUUCAUCGGCUUCUUCGUGCGAUUGAUUCAUAUUCCAGUCAACAGCAUUCUACUAGGUAAGUCACGGAGAGUCGUGGAUGCCAUCUUUUGUUUCUACCGUUUCGCGCGAGCCCCAUCCGUCGACACCAUUUGCUAACAAGUGUUCUAUCUCUUGCAAACUCUGCAUCCCUUCCCAUCCCGAAAGGUUAACUAUGCUGUCAAAUCGACGGACAGAAGUGGUCGUUCCGGUUUUUUUCCGAGAAUGCAUUUAAUUCUUCUAGCGAGCCACAUCGUGGCACCUCUACUUGUCUUCCGCGCAGGCAAGCUAAAGCACAAAUUUACGGCAGCCUUUCAUGCGGAACUGUAUUCAAUUAAACGGAUUUAUCAUGUCA